ACCGGAAAACAAGCGGGUCAAAAAGAUCCACUAUAGUUAUCCAAUACAUUUCAGUAUUUCAUUGUCCUUUUCAUAUAUCACUCCUUUCACACUCUCCUUUCUCUGCCCUCUCUCCACCUCCACCUCCACCUCCACCUCCGAUCCAGGAACAGCUGUCUCAAAUACUCAACUGGAUUGAAGGCAUUCGGGUUUCUGGGUUGUUCAUCUAAAAAGUAAAUAGACGUGCAAUUGAAUUUUUGAGUUAUUGAAAGUCUUUUGUUAUGCAUUCAGUCCAUUAAAGUACUCAUAAGAAUUUUGUUAUGUAUUCUAAUGCGAUCAGUUAUUGGAAAAGGUCAAAUGGAAGAAAUACAGACUCAAUCAGAUAACUACAGAUCUUCUUCUUCGUCGGCGAGUAGUCCAGCGAGCAGGGUGCCUUCAAGUAAUUUUUUCUAUCUACGGAAACCUGGUUCAGUCAGGCAACCCAUAUCCUUCGAAGAUUCACCAGUUUGGGAUGACACGGAUGUCGAAGUUAGGAUGGAGGAAGGUGGCGAUUCCAUCAAUGCUGCCACCACUCCAGCGUCACCAUCUCUCUCAAAGCUCAAUAGUGGGUCAUUUCCAUCCCCACCGUUGCCGGAGGGUGCUGUUGUUGUGAGAAAUAUUGCAGGGGCUUCACUUGCUUGGAAGGACUUAACCGUUUCUAUAAAGGGAAAAAGAAAGUACUCUGAUAAGGUUGUGAAGAGUUCAAACGGGUAUGCAUUACCGGGGACAAUGACAGUUAUUAUGGGUCCCGCCAAGUCCGGGAAAUCGACACUAUUGAGAGCUCUUGCAGGAAGGUUGCAUGAUUCGGCCAAGAUGUAUGGGGAGGUGUUUGUGAAUGGACAGAAAUCACGCUUGCCAUAUGGGUCUUAUGGAUUUGUUGAGAGGGAAACCACACUUAUUGGAUCCCUGACCGUGCGUGAGUUCCUUUACUACUCGGCACUGCUCCAGCUUCCUGGUUUCUUCUGUCAGAGAAGGAGUGUGGUUGAGGAUGCUAUCCUUGCUAUGUCUCUGGGUGAUUAUGCAAAUAAACUCAUAGGUGGUCACUGUUACCAGAAGGGCCUUCCGAAUGGCGAGAGAAGACGUGUUAGUAUUGCUCGAGAGCUUGUCAUGAGACCGCAUGUUCUCUUUAUAGACGAGCCUCUUUAUCAUCUUAACAGUGUUUCAGCACUUCUGAUGAUGGUUACAUUAAAGAAGCUUGCGAGCACAGGUUGCACUCUUAUAUUUACUAUCAACCAGAGCAGCACAGAAGUGUUUGGCCUCUUUGACCGAAUCUGUCUGCUUUCAAACGGAAACACACUGUUUUUUGGAGAGACAUUGGCUUGUUUGCAGCACUUUUCAAAUGCUGGAUUUCCGUGCCCAAUCAUGCAAAGUCCGUCUGAUCACUUUUUACGUGCAAUAAAUACAGACUUCGACAGGAUCAUUGCAAUGUGCAAAAAUUGGCAGGAUGACCAGGGAGAUUUUUCAUCUGUAAAUAUGGACACUGCUGUUGCAAUUCGAACUCUUGAAGCAACUUAUAAAUCAUCAGCAGAUGCUGCUGCAGUUGAGACUAUGAUACUAAAGCUUACUGAAAAGGAAGGUUCAUUUCUCAAAAGCAAGGGGAAGGCAAGCAAUGCCACUCGAAUUGCAGUUUUGACUUGGAGAUCCUUAUUGGUUGUGUCAAGGGAGUGGAAAUUCUACUGGCUUCGGCUGGUUCUCUACAUGCUUCUCACACUAUGUGUUGGAACAGUAUUUUCUGGAUUAGGGCAUUCCUUGUCAUCUGUUGUGACAAGAGUCGCAGGGAUAUUUGUAUUUGUAUCGUUUACUUCACUUCUAAGCAUUGCUGGAGUGCCUGCACAGAGGAAAGAAAUCAAGAUAUACGCUUGUGAACAGUUGAAUCAGCAUUCGGGAUCAUUGGUUUUCUUACUUGGGCAACUCCUCUCCAGUAUCCCAUUCUUGUUCCUUAUAUCCAUUUCAUCUGGUCUUGUCUUCUAUUUCCUCAUUGGGCUUCGGGACGAGUUCAGCUUGUUGAUGUACUUUGUGCUGAAUUUCUUCAUGUGUCUUUUAGUAAAUGAAGGACUAGUGUUGGCUCUUGUUACCAUUUGGCAAGAUGUUUUCUGGAGCAUCUUAACUUUGGUGUGCAUACAUGUGGUAAUGAUGCUUUCGGCUGGCUAUUUCAGAGUUCGAAGUACUUUACCCAAAUUAGUUUGGACAUACCCAAUAUCCUAUAUUGCUUUCCACACUUACUCAAUCCAGGGGAUGUUGGAGAAUGAGUACAUUGGAACUUCCUAUGCGGUUGGGCAGGUAAGGACGAUCUCUGGUUAUCAGGCACUUCAAAGUGCGUAUGAAGUAUCUCCAAACAGUAAUUCAAAGUGGGAAAAUUUACUGGUGUUGUUCCUAAUGGCGGUUGGGUACCGGAUUCUCGUGUUAAUUUUGCUGCAAUUUCGGGUCCGGAGAAGCACAUCUAUCCUUAGAUUUUUUCAUCGUAAGGACACAAACAAUGCUAGAUGAAUGAAUGUACUAUCGGCAUCUUUGGCGGAUUUUUUGUAUUUUGUAAAUGUUGGAAAGGAAAAUAUGGAAUGGUGCUCAGAAAGCAUGGUUUCAGGUCAUGUUAUCAGUAGCGUCUUAGUGCAAUCUUAAUACAAAGAGCAUGUUUUCGGGUCGAA